AUGGACGGAGAUCCGCUCAUCAACACGUACAAGCGGUACAAAGCUGGCACAAACAAGUUGAUAAGGUGGCUGUCGACCAACGCCAAAGACGAGCGGAUUUUCGAUGUGUUGAGAAAGGAGGUCAAGGCUCGACGCCCUAAGAGAAAGAAGAAGAUAGAGUUGUCCGCCGAUACCAACAACUUGUCGAACCUGUUUUCGAAUCUCGAGGUUGAGGAGCCUCUCGAGCAACUGGAUUCCUCGCAGCCGUCCGAGAGCAGCCGCACUUCGAAGGAUGUGCCCAAACAGGUCGAGAUCGAACUCGAAGGCGGACUUGAGCAGGAUAGCAUGGCAGAACAUUUCUUUGCGCUGUACUGCCACUUUACAGGUGAUCUCACCUUCCUCACUGGAAGCCAGAUCUUCGACCAGGCCGCGAACCUUGCUCGCAUGCUCACUCAAAGAUUCGAAGCGGAACACCCCAGGUUCAAGAAGUUCGACAACAUCGUCGAGGAUCUUGGUCGGCAGGACUACAUCACCAAAGGCCCGUGUAUACACCGCGACUGCUUUCGGCUCCAACACAACUCGCACGCUCCCUGA